AUGUCGGAAGCUACUCUCUCAGACAGAGGUAGAGCAAUGGCGCAAACCAGUCUCAAAGCUCGCCUGCAACCACUCCUCUGCAAUCUCUACCAUCCAAAAGACAAUCCCAAUGGCAUCGUCGACAUGGGUACUGCCGAAAAUCACGUCAUGACCAAAGACGUCUCCUCCUUCGCCAACACCAAAAUCCGCACUUCUCCCCACGACUUUACCUACGGCGAAGGUCCAUGGGGAAGCGAACGCUUACGUACCGCCAUGGCAAACCACAUGAACAAAUACUUCCAGCCUUUCUCUGCUAUCUACCCCAAUGACCUAGUCUUCGCCAACGACAUAACUUCUCUCUGCGAAUUAUUUGGCUACGCAAUUGGCUCCCCCAACGAUGGUAUUUUAAUCUCCAGGCCUAGUUACCAAGCCUUUCCCGCAGAUUUUGGCGCGAGAGCAGGUCUGAAAUGUGUUUUUGUGUCUUUUGGCAACGUUGAUCAGUUUUCUCCUGCUGCAAUUGAGAAUUACGAAUCUACGCUUCUGGAAGCCAGAGACCAGGGCAUUUCAAUCAAGGCCUUGUUGCUUUGUAACCCCCAUAACCCACUUGGUCGAUGCUAUCCUCUGGCAGUCAUAAAAGCACUUAUGCAACUCUGCAACAAACACUCUCUCCAUCUGUUUGCUGAUGAAGUAUAUGCACUUUCCGUCUUCUCCUCCUCCUCCCCUUCUGAGACACCAUUUUCCUCUGUCCUUUCCUUUGACAGCAGUUCUUAUAUUUCUCCUGACUAUCUUCAUGUUGUUUAUGGUAUGAGCAAAGACUUUGCAGCUGGAGGAUUGCGCCUUGGGUGUUUGUAUUCGCGCAACACAGCGGUGUUGGAGGCUGUAUCGGCGGUCUCGCAGUUUAGUUGGAGUGGUCCUUUGAAUCAACUUUUUGCAGCAGAAAUGUUGGAGGAUGAAGAGUGGAAAAGUGGAUUUCUGGAAAGAAGUAGAGAUGCUUUGAAGGAGAGGUAUGAGAAUUGUACAGGUGUGCUGAAUGAGUAUGGCAUAGAGUAUUCUCCGGGAUCUAAUGCUGGGUUUUUUCUCUGGGUCAACUUUCGUCCUGUCCUAGACAUGACAGACCAUAAAGACGAAUGGGCAGCCGAAGACGCACUCGUGGCAAAUAUGGAAGACAAUGGGGUGUACAUCACAAAAGGCUCGUUGCUGCAAGCGGAGCAAGCGGGAUGGUUUCGAAUCGUCUUUACGCAGGAGGACGAUGUGAUGCAGGAAGGGUUCAAGAGGUUGUUUCAUGCGAUUGGAGCGAAGAAGGUAGAAGUUUAG